AUGAUUCGUGGAGAUGCAUCUUGUUAUGUCUGUGCACUAGAAGGUGUUAUCGAGUCCUACUUGAACGAGGCCCAAGGUUCGGAGGAGUCUCCGGCAGGGCAGACGGUUGGCCCUCAGUGCACAAUGCGGUCCAAGACAAGCACUUCCUGCGACCGGUGUUGUGCGAGGAACACGCCUCAGUUAUUUUGCUAUAGACUUAACCGUGUCGGGGUGAAACACUUCCCACACGGUGUCUCGUGUCAUAUUUGUGGGGAAGCUGUUGAGUCGUAUGAAGGAGUUGAUGGCGAAGGCCGAGGUGGAGGAACUGUGUGUCUUAAAUGUCAUCAAACAGCGGUAUGCGACAAGGUCGAGUGUCAAACGAAAGCUGGUUAUGUACCACAAUUACUCUACGAGAGGCCCUCAGCCAAGCCCUUCCUGUGCCUCCACUGCCUUGACCUCACUUUCAUGUGCUCCUGCAAAGAGGCCCAUACCGUUCAAAGACGACUCAUACUGGAACGCCCCUUGAACCUUGACGCCCCCUUCUAUUUCAUGAUGAACACCCACGCUCUUGCUCUUGAACCAUGCGAGCACUUUUAUGUCAAUUCACUGCAGAGUCCGAGACCCCAAUUGGUGGCUCUGGCUGGAGACUCUACUGGAGCACCCCAGAGGGUCGUAACUGCCCUACGGCUGCUGGACAUUAUUGCACAUCGUAGCACUGUGAGGCGAUGGACCAUCAAGGAACAUCAGAGCCUGAGGCGAGUCUUGGCCAAACUGCAGGAGCCGGUACACCAGCGUGAGAAGUUGAAAGGCAUGCCUCCGGAGACCGAAUCGGAAGCACUGUGGCUGCUAGAGGAGAGCGAGAUGUGGGGCCUACCAGUACCGAUGUGGACUGCACUAAUGUACCUCUAUGAGUGUUCGGUCCAUGAGGAAUACUUAUUAUUCCAAGCUGGGAAGAAGGUCCAUACGAGGGUAUGUCGAGUGCUCCACAAAGAGCUUGUCAAUAAGUGGUCAGUGAAGAAGCUGAUGGAGAAGAUUUGGCCAUCGUUAGAAGGAGUUGUAUUCUUCCGCCCCAGUCAAACCCAUAGAGUAAAGCGGAGUGGAGAUGAGCACAUAUUCAAAGCUGGAUCGAUACGACGUCAGAUGGAUCGAUUCUCUCAAGGCCUGGUCAAGCGCUUGGUGGAGCGAGCGGCUCGUAACGUGUGGGAGUAUCGGCGAUGGCAUUACAUCAGAACAAUAACGGAGGAGGUUCGAAACGCCCGAGGCGCAAGAGUCUUUCGAUGUGCUGUUUGCGGCCCCUUCCCUGAGUAUUCAUCUUGGUCGGAAGUGCAAGACCACGUUUUCUACACUGUACCCGACGCUGCCCAUGAGGAACGAUGGAAUCGUUUCGAGAAGGAAAUGAUUACUGUGGGAAAACCACCAGAUAGCAGUACCAUCGCACAGUGGAACUCCAGAUUCGACAAUACCCGGCCGGGGUGUAAGAUCCCUCUCACUAACAAAUCACGUCGUUACACAUGGGCGACCCCUCCUUAUCAAGCGACCCUUCCCAAAGUGACUAUGUGGGAUCCGCCCUGUGAUACAGCUCCCAGAAGGCAGAAAGCAAUUGAGUAUACUGCGAAGGCCAAUAAGAAUACGCAUUGGCUCGCCCUGUCCUCGACUGUUACACGGGAGAAGGGACGGCAGGACAUAUGCAAUGCGUGGGACCUGAAGAAGGACCGCGAGUCUGAGAAUGAAGUUUUACUCGGCUCCUCUCGGUUUACUUCGCACAUCUCACCAGCAGUUACGUAA